CUCCAAUUGGAGUUCGUUUCGAGCGUGGGACGGCCGAAUUACGCUCUUCGUCCCUGACCGGCUGCCGGCUCCGAAGAUCUGUCGGUGGUCCGAGCUCAAUGCGACAAGAUCCCGGGGAGAGGCAGAUUCGCGCCGCACAUUUUCAUCAGUACCAGUUCUACGAGCGUGCAUGUUCAACCCGGCUUCAGAAAGUAACCCCCGUGCACGACAAUCUACCCCGAUCCAUUGAGCAGCACCAGCUGUGACAUAGCUAAGGUCUUCAAAGACGUAGAAAAUGGCUGAGACUCCCACGAAUCAGCAGCCCAAGGGCAACAAGAGAAAAUCGUCAGCAUCGGCCGAGUCCGCCGACCCCAAGAAGAAUAAAACGGCCCCGAACGGCCCGGCGACGCCUCUGCCCACCCACGAUACCCUCCUCGCCGAGUUGAGCUCCAAGUAUGACAUCCUUCCUGCCUUCACCAUCUCCUCGACCAAGAUCCAGAAGCGUGUGAACUGGCUUUUGCGCCACCUGCGCAAGGACGACGGCGACCCGAGGAAGCGCGUUGUGCUCCUCUAUGCGCGGCCGAGCGAGGUCGUCAAGAUGAUUACCAUCGUGGAGCUUGUCAAGCGUAUCGUCGCGGAGGAGGACGAGGGCGGGCGGUGGUAUCAGUACAACCAGAUGUACGCGCUUCCGCCAAAGGCCGAGGUUGUGGAAGAGACCAUGUUGAGUGGCGGCGGAGGCGGCAUUGACGAGAGCAGGGCAGCGGCAGGCUCGGACAACGACGACUUCGAGAUUAUGGAGAGUCGGUUCGAGAGGGCGGUUCUGCCUCAGCCGGUCAAUCGCGCAGCCAAGUCGCUGAGCGUCUUCCUCUCGCUCGUGCCCAUCCCAGAGUUGAAGGCUAAGGACGAUGUUACCACUCAGACGAACGAGCCUCAGGGCGUCUCAAAAAGCUCGGCUGCGCCUUAGGGGCAACGGAGGGCGCUGAUAAUGCCUUCGAGAGGUCGAGGAUGAGGCAAAAGAGAGAUUGACUCGGACGUCGUCAUCUAGAUCCGGGACUUGGGAGUGGCACCCGGAGCAGGUUGCAUCAACAAGGCGUUAGGGAUGAGAGGCUUCACGGUUGAUACCCAACAUGACACGAAACAUAGUCAACAUGACAAAAACUGAUUUCGCUAUACAAUUAGGCAGCCUUAGUAUACGGGCUGAUGCAUUCUUUCCGUGGGGCCAAUACUCCAUGUUCAUAAUACAUGUGCUUUUCCUGAUCCACCUCCACAUUUACGCUCGACAUCGGCCUCUGGUUGCAUCCAUUCGCACGAGACUGAGGGAACUCCAAAUCGGACACGGCAACUUUGCUCCCACACAUUUAUCACUUUUCCCAAUUUUCCCCUUUGCCUGGCACCUUCCUGGCGGCGGCUCUGGGGGUGGUGUCCCUAGCCCGCGCAGAGGAAGCUGUUCACCGUUCGCCUCUUUUGCCUGCCCUCUCCCAGCGGGGAUCGUCUCCGUA